UUCGGAAGAUUGCGAAUUAAUGAAUCGAUGUCGUUUUAAAGACCGCCGCGUGGUUAAUGGAUCGGACUGAAGCGUGGGAGCGAAUGCGCUCGUUUAGUUUCGGAGUUUAUUGAUACGCAGAGUUAAACAAUGAAAUCAGUAGACAACCACGUGCUCGAGGCUGUGUUGCACAAUGAACAGAUGGGACGGUCGGUGACAAUCUCGAAAUGAGAAAAUUCAAUGUUGUUCGCGAAUGUUUUUAUUGGCAAUGUGCGCGCGCGUUAAAUAACCGUUCACCGCGUGUUACGUUAGAGCUAACGUAACGUCACCUGCGUUAGUCGAAGAGUUCAACAAGUGAUUACUUUAUUCCUGACAAUUCCAGAUGUUUAUUUGAUGCGCUUUUAUUGACAAUUGGAUACGCACGCGGAAAGAUUGUGUACGUUGCAGUGCACGUGCCAGCGCCGCGCUCCCGAUAAUGCCUUUGUGAACUAUCCUUGCGCUCGUCACAUUUCGGGAUUCCCCGCAGUAUCUCGGCGUGAGAAAAAAUGGACAAAGAGAGCCCGAGCCAACAGUACGAGCCGGUGGCUGAGAUCGGCGAAGGUGCGUACGGAAAGGUCUACAAAGCACGGGAUUUGAAGAACGGGGGCCGAUUCGUUGCCCUGAAAAGAGUCCGGGUCCAGACGGAGGAAGAGGGAAUGCCCCUCUCCACUAUCCGCGAGGUUGCGGUACUCAGACAACUAGAAUCGUUUGAGCAUCCAAAUGUGGUCAGGUUGUUUGAUGUGUGCACAGUUUCCAGGACUGAUCGCGAAACCAAACUAACGUUGGUCUUCGAACACGUGGACCAAGAUUUAACUACAUAUUUGGAGAAAGCACCUGAUCCUGGAGUGCCUCCCGAAACUAUAAAGGAUAUGAUGUACCAGCUGCUGCAGGGUCUGGAUUUUCUCCACUCCCACCGCGUGGUUCACCGAGAUCUUAAACCUCAGAACAUUCUAGUCACCAGCGGAGGACAGAUCAAGCUGGCUGACUUUGGUCUGGCACGGAUCUACAGCUUUCAGAUGGCUCUUACUUCUGUGGUUGUCACGUUGUGGUAUCGUGCUCCAGAGGUGCUGCUUCAGUCCAGCUACGCUACCCCUGUAGAUCUGUGGAGUGUCGGCUGUAUCUUCGCAGAGAUGUUCCGACGACGCCCUCUUUUCCGUGGGAAUUCGGAUGUUGACCAGUUAGGCAAAAUUUUCGACGUGGUGGGAGUCCCCACUCCAGAAGACUGGCCUCAGGAGGUGGGCCUGCCCCAGAGUGCCUUUUCCCCUCGCCCUCCCAAACCCAUAGAGGACCUGGUGCCAGACAUGGAUGAGCUGGGCAAAUCGCUUUUACUUCGUUUUCUGUCAUUUAACCCCUCCAGACGGAUAUCAGCGUAUGAUGCACUGUCUCACCUGUACUUCCAAAGUCUGGACAGCACCAGCAAGAGCCCGUAUGCCCAACCCUUCCCCAGCAAAAAGCCCUCCCUGGAGGAGAGAGCUGCUUAAAAGACUCAAGGCUUCCACUUUAGACUCCGUGUUAAAGACGUAAACCCCCAUCCAGCCCCGUUUGAACCAGUCUUCCAUAGCAUAACAUCAAGUGCUGCUUUUAGGACUCGCAACAACUGUUGUUCGAUCGUAUUUUUCUACGCUCUCACUACUGCCAGCUAAUACAUAGCAACAAACAAAGAAACGUGCUGCCUGGAAUACCGUUUACAAUAUCGAAAGCUGCUCUCUUCCACUUUAAAGGAAAAUUGUCUGCUCAGAGGAAAAUACGCAUCACAGCACUGCCAGGGAUAUCCCGUCUAUUCACGAGACCGCAAUUUAUACGGCUCGGAACCAAGUCUUAGCUGCAUAUCACUGCCUGGAACACGUGGGAUCAUUUCAAUCUCGCAAACAAGAACUACUGCAAAUUAGGGGCCCGUUGAACGGAGCCUCUUAUUUUACACAAUGAAAUUAUCGUUUUUUUGCUUAUGAAAGCCUUCGUGGUGUUCGGAUUAGUUCUUAUUUUCUAGUGUUUAGCAGGAGCGUGAGGACACGCCAGCUUGUAGGAUGCAAGGCCGUUUUGAUGACAGCAAAACACGAAGAAUCCAUUAGUGUUCAAUUGAAAAUGGCAUUUCACUAUUUCACGGCCUCACGAGUCUCCCGAGCAUCCUGCGUUCACCAUCGAGUUGACCACAGACCGGCGCUACCAAACGCUUUGACUUAAAGCACUAUUUAACUACACAUUUCCAUGACGUUUUAAUGUGUUUCCACACGUAUUUCUUUCCAUUAUUUCUACAUUCUGGUCAUCUUAUUUUAUUAUGUCAGUGUUGAUUGUUGACAUCUUCUUUUUGGCAUGUCUUAAUUUUAGUGAACUUGAACGUGUAGGUUGUUGUAGAGAGCUCAGUAUUGUUGAUUUAUACCAAACAGUCUGCACCCUGUUGUCAGGGACCUGCGUAGUGGAAGGUUGACCCGUGCCGGGGUUGCAUGUUGUCUUUAGUGUUGGAUUUAGAACAGAAUUAAGCCACGGUGGAAAAACAUUUAUGAAAGCGUAGAGCAAUGUUAGGAAACGUCUAGUGAAAGUAGUCAUAGUGUCCGUAAGUUAUGUUAAAGGUCAGGUUGCGAGAUUUGUCGGAGAGUUUUGGAGAAUGUGUUUUAUCCCAUUACCGGUCAUUCGAGGUUCUUUACUUGUGUUACAUCCUUUGAUUUAGAUUCCACCGAAUUGUGGGUAUAUGAUCGCAAAAUAUGCCCCAAGCUGUAACGUUUGAUAGAUGGGCAGCUUUCAUGCUUUUAUAUUUAGUGUGUGGCAGGAGAGUUGUAUUAAGAAGGUGGAGGGAAGGAAGGAAGCUGCUUCAGAUUUUAGAUUUAGAAAUCUGUUCCAUGUGAAGAUGUUGGAAGAGAUUUAAGGAGCUGUACGCAGGCACCGUAUUGCAUUUCUACAAUGAAAGGUUCACACAGUUAAGCACUGAUGCUUGAUUCAUACUCUCAGGAUCAGUAUACUCAUCCUCUCACAUUCCAUACUCAGGUCUAUUUAUGACUUUAGUUUUAGAUUCAACCAUGGUUCAGGUUUUAGCGUAAACAUUUUGCAGUACAACGCAACUGAUGGUCUCAGCUAUCCGUUGUCCAUGAUUUCAUAUACAACUACAGCAACCGUUGGGUUAUUUAUGUCAUCGUUCACUCACUUUUUUCUUCAAUUCACGUACAUUGUUCUGGAAACAUGUUGGAAAAGAUAAUGGAACACACAGGUGGUCAUUUCACCAUUUAUUUUUUUAUUUAUAUAAUAUUCCUAAUAUUAUAUUUUAUGUAUUACAUCACUGUUGUGCAGCAACUUUUGUACUGUUAACAUAAAUAUUCUCCGAUGGUUCAUAGGCCCAAUAAAACCUGCGUGUAUGUAUCUAAUGCACAGAAAUCGUUUGUCAUUGGUGUAUAACACCAUCCAGCUCCACUGAACUGAUAUUUUGUUGGCACAGCCUUACCCUCCUCCAAAAUGUUGGCGUUUGUAUUUCUUUAAGAGGGCAUUAGAUAUCACACCCAUGUAUACCCUAUAUGCCUUUUUGUUUGUGGGUCUUGUAUAGAACUAAUCCGUUUUUAAGUUUGGUUAGUCAAAAAAGUAAUUCAUAGUGUUUUAUGAUUAUACGUGUGUUAAAUGUUUGGCUUUCGAAUGUAUGAAUGUUAUUAUUAGUGAUGGAAUUUGAAAUUUGGCGUGUUCAUGCUGAAAAAUAGCACCUUUGAUUUUUACCCAUCUCAGUGCUUUUCCCCCAUGAAAUAUGCUUUUUAGUACACCUGUUGUGGCUUUAUCACAUUUAUGAUGAACUUUGAAUUAAAGGUAAAUGCUUCUUUAGUUAUUUGAAAUUAUUUUAGUUAGGUUUUUUUUCAAUUGUUUAUAUAAUCGGAUAUCACUUUUAGCAACCUAAUUUUGGAAAUUGUGGACAUUGGUACAUGAUGUUUCGCUCCCUUCUAUAAUUUCCUCUACAACUUUUAAUUUGUUCUUAUUUAUUGACAUUUUGUUUUUAGAUAGUGAUGCUUUAAAAUGCAUUCAGUCAUUUGUCCUUGAAAUGAACUGUAAUUGAACAGUGGUCAGCUAAUGGCGCUAAAGCGCCAUAUAUCACUGAAGACUUGAACAAAUUAAAACAUAACUGUUCCCAGGAGAACGGUAACAAUAAAUGUCUUUACAAAUAUUUUA